GAUAUGAAAAAAGAUUCAGUUUUAUAAAGACACCGAUUUUUUACUAGCGAAAUUGAUUAAUUUAUUUUUUGUUAAUUAAAAUAAUUUAAAAAAUGGUUUCAAAAAUGAAAUAUGUGUGUUUCUUAUAUUUAUUUGUUGUUGUUUCUAUGGUUUCUUCUGAGGCAAUCGAUCAAUCAGACCCACAUGCAUCUACACGAAAAAAAUGUAGUAGUGAAUUUAAGUUCACUGAUGAAAUCCUCAAAUUGGGAGAAGAAAAUCCAAGUGAUUUCAGCUGUUAUCUAUUUUGUUUAUUCAAAGAUAUUAAUAUUAUGAACCAAAAAGGAGAAUUUGAUCCUAAUCUCGCUGCGCAAGAAGUUCAAGAUAAUUUGAGGGAAGCUGCUAGGAAAUAUAUAUUCAUGUGUUAUGAUUUAGUCAAACCAAAUAUGACUGGCGAUGGAUGCAGAAAUGCUCUAGAAAUAGUGCAAUGUUUCAAGGAAAAGGCACCUGAAAUGUAUCAGAUGUUAGGACUUUUUCACCCUCCAUCAAAUGAGCCUCUGAAAAUAACCCAAUAGACGAUAAUCGAAAGAAAACUUCACGUCAAUGAUAUAUUUUUUCCGCAACUGUUAGUAAAAAUUGUUUAUUUCCAAAUACUUUCUGUAAAAAUAUAAAAUACUAUA